UUAUUACUUGAAUAAAGUUCAUGAUAGUUUGACAAAUUACUCGUUUUAGUACUUCAACAGAUUUCUCGGUAGCACCAUAGAAUAAUCAAUCAAACUUAAAAAUAGAAAAUGAAUUUAUAACAAAACAAUUAUACUUCGUAAAUCGUAAGUUCGUAUUCUUCUUCUUCUUUCUCUUACAGCUAUAAUUCGAUUUCAUCUCUAAAAACAAUCUCUGGAAAAUCUCCUCCGAGAUAAAUGGUUCCAAUUUUGAAUAAUCUAUAUAUGGAAUAUAGACACCAUCGUCUCCAAAAUCCACCAAACGAGAAUCAGCCUAAAUUAUUUCCUUCUUGAUUUUUCUCCAAAUGCAUCGUAAGGUUUCGAGCAGAGACGUCAAUAGCCAGAGAUUCACAAAACUUAAAAACGUAGAAACCGAUCCAGAUCCUGACAUUUACGAUAUUACAUACGUCGAUGUUUCUCCCUCUGAAGGCUCCUCUUCUCCUUUAUCCAAAUCACCAUGGUCCGUUCAAAUCGACGCCGCCGACGUCGAACCACCACCGCCGCACUCGACGGGGAAAUCAUCGGCGACGUCGCGCCACACCGAGGAAUCCAACAACUACUCUCCCAAUAUCCUCAUGGGAUCUCUCGUCCGUGAAGAAGGCCACAUCUACUCCUUAGCUACAUCAGGGGAUUUACUCUACACCGGAUCCGAUUCCAAAAACAUCAGAGUCUGGAAAAACCACAUCGAAUUCUCCAGCUUCAAAUCCAACAGCGGACUCGUGAAGGCGAUCGUCCUCGCCGGAGACAAAAUCUUCACCGGACAUCAAGACGGGAAGAUCCGAGUCUGGAAAGUCACGGAUUCCGCCGCUUUCCGCCGCGUCGGCACGAUGCCGAAUCUCCGAGAUUACCUCAGGAACUCGAUCGCGCCUUCCUCUUACUUCAAUUUCACGCGGCGGAAUCGAACCAGCACCAGCGCGCAAGGGUUCCGGCACCUGGACGCGAUCUCGUGCCUCGCGUUGAGCGAGGACAAGAAGCUUUUGUACUCUGGAUCUUGGGAUAAAACGUUUAAAGUGUGGAGAGUCACGGAUCUGAGAUGUUUGGAAUCGGUGAACGCUCACGAGGACGCUGUAAACGCCGUCGUUUCGGGUUUCGACGGUUUGGUUUUCACCGGGUCUGCAGACGGGACGGUGAAAGUGUGGAGGAGAGAGGAUCAAGCCAAGGAGACGAAACAUUUCUUCUCCGAGACGCUUUUGAAACAAGACUGCGCCGUUACGGCGAUUGCGGUUGAUCAAAACGCGGCGUUAGUUUACUGCGGGUCAUCUGACGGAACCGUUAACUUUUGGGAACGAGAUAACAGUAUGAAAAACGGCGGCGUUUUGAAAGGGCAUAAACUCGCCGUGCUCUGCCUCGUCGCGGCGGGGAAUCUGCUGUUUAGCGGUUCGGCCGAUCUCGGGAUUCGCGUUUGGAGGAGGCCGGAACGCGGCGGAGCAGGAGGAGGAGGAGUGCACGUGUGUAUCUCGGUUUUGACGGGACACGCAGGUCCGGUUAAGUGUUUGGCGGUGGAGAGAGAUCAAGAAUCGGCUUCCGGUGAGAGACGGUGGAUUGUGUAUAGUGGGAGUUUAGAUAGAUCGGUGAAGAUGUGGCGUGUUUCGGAGAAUUCGCCGCCGAUGGAAUACCGGUCGCCGGAUCCGUCUGGCGGUCCGUCUAGAUUAACGGCGGCUCCAAGUUUCUCGGGUCAAGGGAGAAUUAGCUCCAGAAGAUAG